CUCAACUUGUUUCAGCAUGCAUGGGACAUAAACAGUCUUAUGGUAAGCUGAUAACAGGGUUGGGAACAAAGCAUUUACUGUAAACCUCGGUGAGAAGUGAUGAGUGCAAAGUACAUCAUCUCAAAACUGAAACUGUUGCUGCAUUUGGCCAUUGCGUCUGCCAGAGGAUGGACAUGAAACAACAGGACUGGCUGAUCGCAUGACCAGCUCAGAAAACAACUAUGGCAUGUGUGCCCGUGCUGCUCUUGGACACUUUGGAGGAGCUGGUUGAUAAAGACCUGAGGACUCUCCAGUGGUUCCUUUACAGCAAUGUUCUCGAAGGAUUCCCUCAUAUUCCAAGGGCUCGGGUCGAUGGGGCGGACAGGCCGGGCACUGUGGAUCUUUUGGUGCAGACUUAUGGCUAUAAUGGUGCUGUUACAGUCACUGUGGAUAUAUUGAUGAGAAUGAAACUCAAUCUGUGGGCUGAAACACUGAAGAAGAAGUACGAGGAAGCUCUGAGCAAUCAAGAAGGCAAAGAAACUGGCCCUAGUGCAAUCCAAGAAAAACUGAAACUCACCCUGAGGAAAAAAUACCAAAACAUUUAUGAAGGGAAUGCAGAUGAAGGAGACAACAUCUAUCUGAACAAAAUCUACACCGAGCUGCAUGUGAUCGAAGGAGCCUGGGGAGGCUUUAGUGAGGAGUAUGAGGUCAGACAGCAGAGGUCCAACCAUGUGACAACAGAAGAAACGUCCAUUAAAGCUAGUGACAUUUUCAAACCUAAGCCCAACCAAGAGAAGCAGAUCAGAACCGUGCUUACCCAGGGUAUACCCGGGGUGGGUAAAACUGUCUGCACACAGAAGUAUACCUUGAGCUGGGCGGAAGAGGAGGAAAAUCAAGACAUCACCUUUCUCUUCCCGCUUCCUUUCCGUGAGCUGAAUCCCAACAUUGGCGAGAAAGACUACAGUCUGAUGCAGCUGCUCCAUCAGUUCUUCCCUGAGAUGAAACCAAUUGAGACUUUGGGAACAGAAUUCAAAGUCCUCUUCAUCUUCGACGGCCUGGACGAGACUCUACUUCCCCUGAACUUCAAGCACAACAAGGUCUUGAGAGAUGAGACCGAGCCGGCCUCGCUAGAUGUGCUGAUCACCAACCUCAUCACAGGAGAUUUGCUCGGCAACGCUCUCAUCUGGAUCACGUCCAGACCUGCGGCAGGUAGCCGGAUCCCUCGAAAGCACAUCCACCAGUGGACAGAGGUGAAGGGCUUCGCUAAUGAACAGAGGGAGGAGUACUUCAAGAAGCGUUUGCGUGAUGAUAACCUUGCCAUCAGAAUCAUCAACCAUGUGAAGUCAUCAAAAAGCCUCAACAUCAUGUGUCAGAUACCAGUGUUCUGCUGGAUCACAGUCACCGUAAUGAAGAAAAUGUUGCAUGACAAUGUGACAGGAGGCAUGCCCAACACUCUGACCAAGAUGUACGCGUACCUCCUUCUCUGCCAGACAGACCGGAUGAAAGAAGGGCACUACCCAAUGACAAGUGACAAUGUAGUUUUGUAGCUAGCAGAGUUAGCGUUCCGUCAACUGGAGAAAGGCAAACUGAUCUUCUACGAGGCUGACUUGAAAGAGUGUGGCAUCGAUGUCAAAGAGGCAACAGUCUAUUCUGGAGUUUGCACAGAGGUCUUUGUGAUGGAGGGCAGAAGGAGGGGAGAAGUUUUCAGCUUUGUACAUUUAACCAUCCAGGAGUUUCUGGCAGCUGUGUACGCCCGUCAUUCCUACAUGCAAAGAAAGGAAAACGUCCUCCUUGGGUACCUGAAAAGAAUAUCUGCAAGAUGGUUCCCCAAGUCUGUGUUCAGUUUUCACAAGAUUGCCAUCGAAAAAGCCUUGGAGAGCCCUGACGGCCGCUGGGACCUCUUCCUCCGCUUUCUCCUUGGACUGUCACUGAAGCCGAACCAGGAGCUCCUGGGUAGAAUACUGCCUUUGGAAGCUGAGGGAGAGGAAGAUGUGGCGAGAACCAUCCAGUUUAUCAAGGAGAAGAUCAAAGAGGACCCAGAGGCCAAGCUUAACCUCUUCCACUGCCUGAGUGAGCUCAGAGAGGAGUCCUUGGUGCAGGAGAUCCAGAGCUUUGUGAGUUCUGGGAGGCUUGAGCCCAAAAAGCUGUCUCCGGUCCAGUGGUCCGCUCUCACUUUUGAACUGAUGACUUCAGAGGCAACAGAGAAGUUUGACUUGAAGAAGUACAUAAGAUCAGAAGAAGGGGUAGCGAAGCUGCUGACUGUCAUUACUUCCUCCACACAUGCUCUGCUAAAUCGCUGCAACCUCUCUGAGAACUGCUGUGAAAUGUUGGCCUCCGCGCUGAGCUCAACUUCCUCUCACCUGACAGAGCUGGACCUGAGUGACAACAACCUGAAGGAUUCAGGGGUGAAGCUGCUUGCUGUUGGAUUAGGGAGCCCACAUUGUAAACUAAGGACUUUAAGGUUGAAUCAGUGCAAGCUGAAAGAGAAUUGCUGUGCAGACUUGGCUACAGUUUUGAGGUCAGAUGCAUCACACCUGAAAACUCUUGACCUCAGCAACAACCUCCUGAAGGAUUCUGGUGUAUCGCUGUUUACUGCUGGUCUGAGGAGCCCACACUGUAGACUGGAAACACUAAGGCUCAGCUGGUGUGGCCUUACACAGAAAUGCUGCGAUCACAUUGGCUCAGCUCUCAGCUCUGACUCUGCCUCCGUCAAAGAGCUGGACCUGAGUGGAAACAACCUGGGUCCAGACAUACAGCAGCUGUGUGCUGGUCUGAGAAGUCCACACUGUAAACUGGAGACAUUAAGGUUAAAUGAGUGCUGUCUCCAGAAAUGCAGUGCUGAUUUGGCGUCCGUCCUCAGCUCCGACACCUCCCUCCUGAAGGAGCUGGACCUGAGCGGGAACGACCUGCAGGACUCAGAAGUGAAUCUGCUCUCUGCUGGACUGGCAACUUCGGACUGUAAACUGGAGGCGUUACGAUUGUCGUUCUGUGGAGUCACAGAGAAAGGCUGCACUUACCUGGCUUCAGCGCUGAGCUCUAACCCUUCUCACCUGAGGCAGCUGGACCUCAGCUACAACUACCUGCAGGACUCUGGCGUGAAGCUGAUCUCUGUCCAUUUGAACGACCCGCUCUGUAAACUGGAAAAUCUCAGUGUGGAUUAUAAUGCAGAGUGCUACUUGAAAUCAACACUGAAAAACUAUGCCUGUACACUGACUUUGGAUGCAAACACAGCUGCCAGGUCUCUCUUCCUGUACGACGAUGGAAAGCAGGUGACCUGGGUCAGGGAGAGACAGCAGUACCCAGAUCACCCAGAGAGGUUCGAGAGUGUCUCCCAGGUGCUGUGUCACCAAGGCCUCACCCAACGCCACUACUGGGAAGUGGAGUGGCGAGGACGCUGGGUGGACGUCGCUGUGGCGAUGAAGGGGAUCCACCGGAGGGCGAGCUCUCACCUCUGUGGGUUUGGCUACACAGAGCAGUCCUGGAGUCUGUACUGCUCUGAGGAUCACUACACUGCUCAGUAUGACCACCAGCCUGUGAAAAUUUCAGCACCUCCGUCUCGCUCCCACAGGGUGGGAGUGUAUCUGGACUGGCCGGGUGGCACCCUGUCCUUCUACAGCGUCUCCUCCUCUGGGACCCUCAGCCACCUUUACACGUUCUACAGCACUUUUACUGAGCCCCUCUACCCUGGGUUCGGGAUGGAGGACAAUGACUGCUCUGUAACUAUUUGUACAGUGGAGAGUUUGUAAGAACUCCUUUCUCGGUCAGCUAGUGCAGAAAGAUUUGACGUAUUUCAAGCGCAGGUUGAUGUGGGAACAAGUUCAAUUUUAAUUUAAAGGUGCAGUAUGAAGGAUUUAUUGGCAUCUAGCAGUGAGGUUGCAGAUUACAACCAAAUGAAUAUCCCUAUGCUCACCCCUCCUUUUCUAAGUUGUUAAGAACCUACAGUGUCCUUCAGGUAAUGUAAAUAUACUAGAGACCCUCUAUACAUGUAGUUUGUCCAUUCUAGGCUACUGUAGAAACAUGGGAUGCUCUGUGGAAGAAGACCCACUCCCUCACUUAUAGAGACAAAGGGCUCUUUCAAGGCAUGGGCAGAUUAUGAAACAAUGGGUCUCUGGGCACAGAUAUGCAAAAGGCCCCACCACCUCUCCUACAUAGGAACAAGACACAGAUUUUGUGGUGGUGUUGUGUAUGUGGUCAUUAUGCAUCCUUUUUUGGGUUUAUGUCUUUUUGUGUCUCUUCAUUUUAAUUAGACAUUUGACAUUUUGCAAGUGAAGGCCAGGGGUCCUCCUGACACUGACACUAAAGCUAGCUUGUGGUAUAGCUAGCAGUAGCACGUCACUCUGGGUCAGGUUGUCUCAGUACUUUUGGGGCAAAUGGUCACGUGUAUACAUAGAGCAACAUUAUCUAGCAGCAGCCAUGCAGAAGCCGACUUUGCUAGCUGCUAAAGUUGGUAGUUGUUAUGAAAUGUGUAAACAAUAUAGCCUACAGCUUCAGACAGUGUAAUAAUUAAUAGUAAUUAUUAUACUGUUGUCAAUGAUAUGUCCACAAAAUGGUCAAGAUACAAAGGAGAGUGCACAAUAGGCCCUUAAUUGGAAAAAAUAAAUAUAAUGACAAAUUGUCUUUUGUAAUAUACAAACAGAAGGAAGAAAAUAAGGAGGAAGAAAAGACAAAGAGAAGCCUGUUAAAAUUGUUUGAAAUGACAUUCUGUUUACUAGCUAUUUAUAACUCUAUAUUAAAGUGAGCAAUGAAAAUCUAAAGAUUAUACAUUUGUGCUCAUAAAUGUAUUUUUUAUGGAAAAUAAGUGACUGAUGUACUGAGACCGAGAAAUGGAAGUGAAAGCAAAUAGUGUGACAAGAUGCUCUACUCUCCCUUAUUGUGUAGGCUAGCUGUCAAAAUCAAAUAUGGAAGACAAAAUAUAUAUUUAUAUAUGUAAACAUGGACAUUGUAAAAACAAAAAAGGGUGUGAUGACUUGGUGUAAAUGUAAAA